UCCCUCAGCAACAGGGAAGAUGGCAGCUCUCACAUCUCUCACCCAGCUGUCAAGCGGGAACCCUGUUUAUGAGAGCUUUUACAGACAGGUGGAUCCUGGGAACACGGGGAGAGUGGGACCAACAGAAGCUGCCUUGUUCUUAAAAAAGUCUGGACUGCCUGAUAUCACACUGGGAAAGAUCUGGGAUUUGGCAGAUCCUGAUGGCAAAGGCUUCCUGGACAAACAAGUAAGGAGCAGUCACAUGACCUCUUAAUGUCUUUGUUAAUGUUUUAAUCAUUCAAUGAAUCCAAUCACAAUGUUAGAGCGAUGCUCAGCAGGGUAUGUGAUGUGCUUUAGUGUCAGCUGCAGCUCUCGCUCUAGAAGGUAACUGUAACUAUUUUAAGGUCUUUAAUUCUCCUGAUGAUGAUGAACAGCGAUGUGUGUAUCUCCAUCCACCAAUGGGAAACAGUCAUGUGACACAGGCUUCUGAAGACUGCAGAGGCAGUGAUGGAUAUUUAUGGAGGCGGUUCUUUUCCCCAAAGAGAGAGAAAUGAGAAACCUGAAACCCAGAGUAAUAAUGUGGCAUGAAUAAUAUCAAACAUAAGUAAAGUUUCAUUAGUGUCAAAGUGCAAACAAAAUACCAUCAUGGGAGGCUGGAGGCGGGGUUACACCUUGGACUGUUCACCAGCCAAUCACAGGGCUGACAUAUAGAAACAGAUGUAGCGUAUCUACUUUUAAUAUUUAAUAUAACUCGGGGCACCAUCCUUGUUAAGAAAGGAUUACUUUCUUAACAAUAUUACUAAUAUUACUUGUAGUAAUUAAUGAAUCUAUAAAUCUGUCUCCUAUCAUUGGGAUGAAUUCUCAAGCAGUGAAAACCAUAAAAUUACACAGACAAAGUACUGAAAGUUUAUAUGCAAGUUUAAUAAAGAAAAAUGAUGAACAGAAGAAUUUCAAGGAAAUGC